AUGGUUUCCAAAAAGUCACUGUCAAGGCCGCCUUCGAGCGCGAUUAUGGACUUCAAAACUCCCAACAAACAAAAGCGCCACCUUCUUCAUAUCAAGCGAAAGCGUGCGAAAGACUCCGCUCGUCGGGCUCAGCGAUUCGGGACGAAGAAGGAAGAAGCCAAAAACCCCAAAUUAAAGGAGGAGCGACUUAAGCGGAACAUUCCCCUGACGCUGGAUCGGAAGCGUGUGUGGGAUGAGGCCGGCAGCGACACUGAAGGACCAUUAGGGCUCAGUGUCGAUGUCGAACGGAUAAAGAGACAGAAACAAGAGGAAGACGAGGAGCUCAAUCGCCCUUUGGGCUCGGAAUCCGGAGAUGAAGACGACUAUAACGAUGAUGAUGAUGAUGAUGAUGAUGAUGAUGAUGAUGAUGAUGUCGACAGUAUGCUGGCCAGCAGCGACGAAGAGGGCGGAGAGGACGGAGAGGACGAGGAGAACGGCGAAAGCACGAAAGACAGUCGCGGCCGAAAACCGUCUGCUGUCCCUUCAGCCACGGAGCGCGCAACCAGUCCUUCUCAAUCAACACGAAGCACAAACCUCAAUCUCGCACCGGAAGCUCUAGCUGAAAAAUUCCCGUCCCUCUUCUCGCCGGACUCACAACGGCCGCCAAAAAUCCUAAUCACAACCUCCCUCAAUUCAACCCUCCACCACGAAGCCAAAAUACUUACGCAACUCUUCCCCAACAGCGUCUACAUCCGCCGUACAGCCCACGCUCACUCGCACAAAUUCUCCAUCCGAGAAAUCGCGCAAUUCGCCUCUAACCGCGAGUACACCACCCUAGUAAUUCUACAAGAAGACGCCAAAAAGCCAGCAGGCCUGGAUAUCGUGCACCUACCCAAGGGCCCCAUGUUUCAUUUCAGCAUCAACAACUGGGUUGAGGGCAAGAGGAUCCCAGGCCACGGUAACCCAACCGAGCACUGGCCCGAACUUAUCCUGAACAAUUUCCGUACACCGCUUGGUCUCCUCACCGCACAUCUUUUCCGCACUUUAUUCCCGCCACAGCCGGAUAUUGAGGGACGGCAAGUUGUAACACUUCACAAUCAGCGUGAUUACAUCUUCGUGCGCCGUCACCGCUACGUCUUCCGUGAAAAACGGCAAACCGAAAAGGCGGUUGUUGGUGCAGAUGGGAAGGAAAUUAAGGGGGCGGAAGGUAUUCGGACGGGUUUGCAAGAACUAGGACCUAGGUUUACCUUGAAGCUACGCCGUGUUGACAAGGGAAUUCAGAGGGCUAGUGGGCAAGAGUGGGAGUGGAAGGGGAAGAUGGAGAAGAAGAGGACGCUGUUCCAGCUGUGA